CAGUUAAUCCUCGCGCGUUUACGGGGUCGUAUGCUCGAUCGGAGAAGCGAGAGAAAGCAAAUUCGUUAGGGGAGAGUUUCAUUUUCUCUUUUUCAACAUUUUCCAUUUUUUCCAUACUUCGUUCCUUUUUUUUUUCUUUUUUUUUCAUUCUCUUUGCCGUUCAAUAAAUCGUUCUCUUACCCGUUUAUCUUUAUCGUGACUUUACAAUCGAUUAUCGAAGGAAGUAGAACAUAUACGUUGGAUUUAAAAUUUAUAACAGGAGAGAGAGAGAGAGAGAGAGAGAGAGAGAGAGAGAGAGAGAGAGAGAGACUUCAUAUUUUGAAGGAUCCAAAUUCUAAAAGGAACAAUGGCAACACGUCUUUGCUGACUCCUACGAUCUUUUUUUUCGAAUGAAGAAGGAUGACCAGACGCGAGAAGAGGAUCUUCGGGAUCCUUGUCUUGCUGAACGUCCUUGGAGAGGUUCCAGCGAAUCUCACAGCCUCCUCGGAAUCAGAAUCGAUCGAGGAGACAAUAGCAAUCACUACAACGAAGAAACCAAUACCAGAGAGAUGCCUUGUGAAACAGGAUCAAGGACCUUGCAAGCAUUACGUACAUAAGUGGUCUUUUCAUAAAAGCGAUGGGAAGUGCAAGAUAUUUCCUUAUGGUGGUUGUUUAGGGAAUGAAAAUAGAUUCAAUUCCGAAGCUGAAUGUCUUCACUAUUGUGUCGGUGGUCCUGAUCACACGCUACCCCCUUACUUGGUAACAAAAGGCAGCGUAUUUGUGACAACGAGCGUUCCGACGAGCAGUACACCACCCACGACUACAUCAAGUACUCCUAGGCCAACGUUCGCACCACCCCAACCAACGAGACCACCAGUACCAAAGGAGAAACGAGGAAAGGAAUUGACGUUCAUGGAAUCAGGAUACGAGAAGACGUUCAUGUUCGCACAAAGUAACACUUUCAUACAACUCGAUGGCAGUGGGAUAAAGACCUUCCAAUUGAGAUUAUGCCGUGAAAUAUCAUUCAAAUUUCGAACUAAAUUACCACACGGCUUGCUCGUCUACCACAGUGUGAAAGAUCGUCCAGAGAGUUUAGAACCUUACGCACUUUACGUGAUCGUUGAGAAAGGUCAGUUGAAGGUAGUACACGUGUUCGGAAAGAAAUCAACCAGUCUGACCGUUGGCGAAGGACUUAACAGAGACGAGUGGCACAGUGUUCUGGUUAGAAUCGAUGUUCACGGAGCAAAACUUAUUGCAAGGGUCGACGAAAAGCAAGCGGAAACUAGCUUAGAAGUUCUUGAACGUGUCGUCAAUUAUGGCGUUUCUGAGGAAUUGGCAUCCGUUGUUCUUAUUGGAGGAUUGAGCUCAGAGGAACGUCUACAUGGUGUUAAAUACAUCAUAGAAUCUUUUGUCGGCUGCAUCAGAGACAUGGUCCUUAGUUCCGGCAAGUCGGCAAGCGACUUGUUGCCUAUUCUACCAUUGAUCGCAACGAAGCAUGAAAAUGUGAAGGAGGGUUGCAUAGACAAGUGCUGGACAAGGGAAAAUCUUUGCUUCAUGUCCGAUCAAUGCGUCAAUCAUUAUAACAGCCUGACAUGUGACUGCUUUGGAACGAAAUACGAAGGCGAACGUUGUGACGUCUACACCGCCACGAUUUUAACAUUGAGGGGAUCAUCGUACGUGUCCUUUCGAGUUUACGAUUGGAAAGACCGUGUUCAUUCCUCCGUGAACAAGAUCAGCUUGGCUUUCAAGACAAAGUUCGACGAUUCAGCAUUAUUUUACGCAUCUGGUGAGAUCGAUGGUACACCGCAUUACGUAGCAGCGUCCAUCAUGAACGGUUCAGUUUACGUUGAAUUAGACUUCGGUCAUGAUUCCAAAAUUGCUGCGGUUCUUGGCGAUUACGUAACGUCCGAUCAUUGGAACAAUUUAACUAUCUUCCACAAUGGUUCCUUGAUAUUCGUGAGUUUGGACGAGGAAGUUAAAGUACUCGAGAUACCUGGGGAAAAUUAUAAUAUGAUUAUAGAUCCUGAGAUAUAUAUUGGCGGUGGGCCAGAACUUCAUAAGAAGAAGGGCUUGGUGUCGUAUAAUAAUUUCGUAGGAUCGUUAAAAUACGUAUUCUUCAACGACAAGUCGAUCAUCUACGAAUUGAAACGAUCUAAUCCUAUGGUUCAUUACAUCGGUGUGCUAGAACCAGAGUAUUACGAGGCCGACGUCGAGGUCAUUCCCAUUACGUACCCUUUCGCAGGAAGUCACAUUUGGUGGCCUAUUGAGAAAACGGAUUCUCUUAAGCUCAACUUUGAUUUUAAAAGUUCCAAACCAAUUGCGGUGGUUGCAUCGGGAGACGUGAAGAGUAAUCGUGGACUUGGUUAUUGGGAGCUUCGUUUGGUUAACGACGAGAUACGUUUUCAACUGAUACCCGUCUCGAUAGAAAAUAUCACGGUAUCAACCGCUGUUAAAUUCCCAACUUACAAUACCUCCUGGCAUGCCGUAGAACUAAAUUACACAAAAGGCGAGCUAAACAUUCUAAUUGAUUAUAGAAAUAAACAGAGCAAACUCUUUGCUAUGACUUUUGAAUUAGGUGAUAAAGUAAUCAUUGGAAGUGGCAAGGGUAACGCUGGUUUGGUAGGUUGUAUGCGAGAUAUUCAAGUAAAUGGUCAAAAGAUAGAGCCCAGAUAUAUCAUAAAUACUGAAAGAGUUGUCGGUGAAGUAGCUUUGGAUAACUGCCAAUUUGUUGAUCCAUGUAAAAGACCAAACACUUGCGAACACGGUGGUAAAUGUUCUGUGAAAGAAGAUCGGAUCACUUGUGAUUGUACGGAUACUGGAUAUAUUGGAAAGAAUUGUCAUUUCGCAGAUAAUAAAAAAACUUGUGAAGAAUUAGCGCUGUUAGGCUAUACUCAAGACGACGUUUACACGAUUGAUAUCGAUGGAAAUGGAAGAUUUCCACCUGCUUCGGUAAAAUGUGAAUUUCAAUCUAUCGAAGACUCAACCAAGACGAUCGUAGAACAUAAUUUACCAUCCCAAGUCGACGUCAGAUCCAUCUCCGAAUCAGACUUUUCGUUUAGUAUUAAAUACAGACAAUUUACUGCAGAGAUGCUUCAAGAACUGAUCUCUCACUCGCUUUACUGUAGUCAAUAUGUGAAGUAUGAUUGUUACAAAGCACCCUUGGAACUUCAUAGUGCAACCUGGUUUCUUGGUUCCAAAGGAACAACCGUUGAUUACAUUGGAAAUGUUAACAGAGGUUCUUGUCCAUGUGGCAUGAAUAGAACUUGUGUCAGCAGCAAUUUGAGUUGCAACUGUGAUGUGUCAUCUGGAAAUGCUGGCAAAUGGCUCUCCGAUGAAGGUUAUUAUGAGACACCAGAUGCGUUAGGUAUCACCGGUAUGGUAUUUUUACAACAAAGAGAUCUCGAAGAAGAUGCUCAAGGCCGUAUUACUUUAGGGCCAUUGGAAUGUGUCGAAACAAACACACAGAAAUACGUUGUGACAUUCACGACCUCACAAUCCUAUAUCGAAGUGCCAGGUUGGCGAAAAGGUGAUAUUGCUUUUAGCUUUCGUACAACAGGAGAGAAAGCUAUUCUUCUUUAUCAACCACCAAUCAGAAGUAAUUAUCCAUCGUUCAUGGUAGCACUGACAUCAGAAUAUCGGUUAACUUUUAACUUUACUCUCAAUACUGGAACUAUUCGAGACUUGGAAGUAAACAGUCAACGCAAAUUAAAUAACGGAGAGUGGCAGAAGAUUUGGAUCGAUUAUAACGAUUACCAUGUUAGAUUUAUGAUUAAUACUGAUUACGAAAUGGUCGACUUGUUGCCCGAAGAAGAGUUUGGUCCAUUCGAGGGUUCCAUGUUCAUCGGUGGUGCUACAGCAGAACAUUUGAAGACUUCAUCGGUCAGGCAAGGAUUAAUUGGAUGUUUCCGAGGUCUUGUUGUAAAUGGUGAAAUCCUGGAUAUCCAUAGUUACAUGUCGGUACAUCUCUCUGAAAUUAUUAAAGAUUGCAAACCUUCUUGUCAACCUAACAAGUGUCAAAACGGUGCAAGGUGUGUCGAACUUUGGAGUAACUUUGAAUGCGUUUGUGAGAACAGAUGGGCUCAUCAGGGAACUUUCUGUGAAACAAAUAUCAAUAAUAAAGCUUUGACGUUUACUUCACCGGGUGCUUUUCUAAAAAAAAAUUAUUUUGGCUCGGAUGACGAUGGAGAGAAGAUAUUGUUGAAGAGUAUGUUCGAACGAAACAUACUAAUCAAUCUAAGAACUUACGAUACUCACUCACUGAUACUUUAUGCUAACGAUCACUUAAACAAUUUUGUACAUCUUUACAUCUCGAAUGGCACUAGUAUCGUGUAUCUCUUCAAUGCAGGGAAUGAAAUUAAAAAUAUUACUGUGCAACACUCAGGUGUUAACACAGGAAUAUCAGUACAAAUAGCCAUAAUUCAUGGAGAAAAGUCUACGACCCUUCACGUGAAUGAUUAUAAUAUUACAUUGAAUGCAACUCCUAUACUUUUAGAUUCUUAUUCUAAUAAACCUUGGAUUAAUCCUGAAAAGGAAGUGUUAGCACCUCAAAGACCACCUGCACCACCAACAGAUUAUUUCCAAAUGAAUUUAGGAGGUUUCGAUCCAGACGACCUUUUAAGAGUCGGAAAAGAAGGUAAUCUAACACAAGGAUACGUAGGAUGUCUUCGAGGAUUGAUGAUCGGCGAGUAUCACGUGGAUUUACCAAACUUAGCCAGCGAAGCUAAUCACGAAGGUAGCAAAGGUGUCCUUCCCAAUUGUCAGAUGAAAUGCGAUGCUAUGCCUUGUAAGAACCUGGGUAUAUGCACAGAAGAUUUUGGAAGGCAAGAAUCCUCUUGCAAUUGCGAAUUGACUUCUUAUUUUGGUGAACAUUGUGCCGAUGAGAAAGGUGCCGAUUUCAGUGGCGAGAGUGUACUACAACGUGAAUUCGAGCUCGAGGGAGAAGUGAAGCAAGUGAAAGUACAACUAGCUUUUUCAACGAACGAACUACGGCAGCGAACAACGGCAUUGUUGCUCUUGCAAACAGAAAACAAAAGAAGCUAUUACCUACUCGUGGCCUUAACAUCGGAGGGUCAACUCAUCUUCGAAGAGGAUACCGAAGGCGUAGCUUAUGGUGUACGUCUCAACGAUAGAAACUUCUUGAAUGGAGCUAGGCAUAGCGUUUAUUAUGUACGAGAAAACAACACGACUAUGCUUUUGAUCGAUCGUGAACAUGUACAACUUUUACCAAUCCCAAUACUCAGUUUAGGCGAUUACUAUGAUACUCCAGGAUCGACCGAGAUUCAACUUGGUGGAUUGAAUACUACUGAUUCUCGAUUUGCUGCUUACAAAGGGUACACUGGUUGCCUUAGUAACGUUGUUAUCUCGAUCAAUGGCGGACCUAUAAUGAAACCGCUCGAAGAGUACAUGUUAUUUACUAAACAAGGCAGUGAAACUGUAAGAGCAACGAUACCUGCUGGCGUCAGGAGCGCACAAUGUGCUGUUUUCCAUGCACAACCACGAGGUCUAGAGCCUCAAAGAAACGACAGUGUUGGACAUGAUCGAGGAUGGGUCGAAGAUCCUCCAGAAAGGAUUCUCUACAAAUCUCAAUACUCUGAUGCUACUCAAGAGGAACAAGAUGCAGGGACCUAUAUUUUUAUAGCUUUGUGCUGUUUAUUCGUCGGUGCCGUGAUAGGAUGUAUUUAUGAAGUAUGGCGAAGUGCAAGAAAGGAUAGGAGACGUCGACGAAGUGCAGCAGCUGCAGCUAGUAAAUCACCGAGUCCGUCGGGAUCACAAAGGUGGCAACCUCAACAAUACACCGAUUCGUUGGUCACGACGACUGGUAUUAAAACUAUCGGCUUUAAAAUUACUGAUGAUGAAAAAAGGCCAAAUGGUACUCAUAUGAAAGCUACUGCUAAAGAAUACAAACCACUGCCUAAUACAGAGCCUAAGGAAUUAAUGAAUGAUAAAAAGGUUCACAUAAAAGCAGACGAGGAACCAGAAAAAAAGGAGCUGCUAGGGGUAAAUACAGGCAUCGUCAAUAAACCUCCGAAACCAAACCCAUUCUCAAUGGAGGAUCUAAGAGAAGAACCAGAAUUAGAAGAAUGCGAAGAAGAGGAAGACGAUAAUGAGGAGAAAACUGAAUUGACGGAAGAGGAUGAUCAAGAAGAACAAGAUGAGGAUAACAAAAAGGAUGAUGAUGAGGAAGAAGAAGAAGAAAAAGAAGAAGAAGAAGAAGAAGAAGAAGAAGAAGGAGAAAAGGAUGAUAGUCAAGAGGACGAGGUCCUCUUGAAGUCGGUAAGAGAUACGUCACGGAGAAUGUCCUUGAUCGAUAAUCCAUUGUUAAAUGAAGAAAAGGGACUCCUUCAAACGAAUUUUUCCGUGACUGGCAUAAAUGAAAUUAAAACCGAAUGUAUACCACCAACUAUUAAUAACGUUAAUACGAAUGCUAGCCAAACUACUACUAAUAUUAAAAAGGAUCCACCAAAACGACCAAUGAGUUUAGAUCUUAGUGUUCCUAUUGUGUUCAAAAAGCCACACGGAGAAGCUCGUUUUGAAAAAGUUACGGCAAGAUUGAUCGAUCCUCGCGAUAAUAUGUUCAAAACUUAGAUAAAUUAGGCAUUUAAUAUUUAGUGAGAGAUAUAUUAUCGUAGUUAUAUACGAUUACGCGGUUAGAAUAUAUAUAUAAUUUAUAUAGAUGUGAAAAGGAAUAUAAAUUAACGAAAGAAACUUAUAGUGCCUAGAAUAUACAUAUCGCUAAAGUUACGAGAUUUAGAAUGGUUGUUCUACUGCGUUUAGGAUAAAAUCGUUGAAUAUAUUGAAUAAUCCUUAGUGCCUCUCGCGUAUUAAUAAAUAAUAAUAAUAAAUAGAUAGAUAGAUAGAUAAUAAUAUAAUGAUAAUGACGAUAAUAAUUAUUAUAGUAUAACAAUAACGUUAUAGAUUUUAAGCACUACGACAACGAAAUGAUAUACGAUCGAUCUUGCAAAUAAUUCGAUCUUGCAAUAAAAAAAAAAAAAGAUUUUUGUCAAGAUUUUUCUAUCUAGAUUCGCGUAUAUAGCGAGAUUAUUAGACAAAUUAGAGAUAUUUAAUUAGAUAAUUAACGUGAAAAGGAUGAUAAUAAUUUUCUUAUCCAUUGAUAUAAGUAUACAUACAUACAUAUAUACAUAACUAUAUAUACACGUAAACAAAUUAAAUAAUUCGUUUAAUUUUAUAUUUAUAUGGGGAGACAAGUCAUUGUACUAAUCGCUAUCAUUGCAAUUUUCAUUUUGCUAUUCAAUUCCAAUAUAAUUCGACACUCAUGGCACGGUUUUUUAUGUGCACUGCCUGCUUA